AUGGAUUCGUGUAGGUCCAAAUCUUGUUUCCAUAGCAUUAGAUCCAGAGAACUCAGUAGCUUUCGAGUUAGGAAACGACCAUUUAUUGAUGAAUUAGCUUCCGAUUUUACUGAAAUCGGAGCUGUCGCCGUUGAACACGAUGCUGAACCGACGCCUCCUUUGGCCAUCUCUUUUUGCAAGGCAAGUAAAAAUUCUCAUGUUUUUGCUGUAUCUGAUGAGGUUGGAUAUGUAAGCCUGUUUGACUCUCGUAGGAAGCUUUCUUCUGUUGCAUCUCACCAGGAAAAUGCAGCAAAAGCAAGAAUCAGUGAUUGGGUUGCACAUGAAAAUGCCAUAUUUGAUGUAUGCUGGAUCAAGGAAGAUAGUCACAUUUUAACAGCUUCAGGGGAUCAAACUAUAAAGGUAUGGGAUGUUCAGGAAAGGAAAUGCUCUGGAGUCUUGAUGUUGCACACGGGAAGUGUAAAAUGUUUGAGUUCUCAUCCAACUAAUUCUGAUCUUGUUGUCUCUGGUUCGAGAGAUGGGUCCUUUGCCAUUUGGGAUCUAAGAUGCAAGAUUAACUCCAGAAGUAGAUGUGAUGAAGUUUGCCUUCCAUCAACUUCCAUGGUCAAAGGAGCUCAUCCUUCAUCUCAAGCAAGGCGGGGUAGGCGCGGCAAGGCUGCUGCUGCAAGCAUUACGUCAGUUCUUUAUCUCAAAGAUGAGGUUUCUAUUGCUACGGCUGGAGCUGCAGACAGCGUCGUGAAGUUCUGGGAUACCAGAAAUCUGAAAUCUCAUGUUGCCAAGGCAUGCCCCCACCCAGAGUCUUCAUCUAAAAAGGGUAUAUCUAGCUUGUCCCAGGAUUUGAAAGGAGUGUUUCUCACAGCAUCAUGCAUGGACAAUAGAAUAUACUUGUAUAAUGUACUUCAGCUUGAUAAGGGCCCAAUGCAUACUUUCUCCGGAUGCCAAAUAGAGUCUUUUUAUGUGAAGUCAGUAAUCAGCCCAGAUUCAGAUCACAUACUAAGUGGUUCCAGUGACGGAAAUGCUCAUAUAUGGAAGGUAAACAAGCCUCAAAUGGAGCCUAUCAUCUUGAAAAGUCAUCAUGGGGAAGUUACAGCAGUAGAUUGGUGCCCAUCUGAGAUUGGGAAGAUAGCAACUACUGCAGAUGAUUUUACAGUUCGGAUAUGGAACAUUCAAACCAGCUAUUGCUCAAGCUCAAGAUCAAGAUCACCAUCUUCCAUCCGAAGAAGAGUAAUAGCAAUUCCAAGUGCAAAAAGUAGAAAAUUGUUGACGAAUGAGAAUGAAGAACUAAGGGGUCUAACAAAGGAACCUGGUUGUUCAUAUUCUUCAGAUGAAGCAUUCCACCAAAUUAACACGUCAAGUCCUACCACUGCAUCUUUGCUUAGUACUCCUGAAGCAGAGAAGAAAAAAUUCUUAUCAAUUUCAGACUCAAAUGAAACCUUUGAGAAGACACCUGAAGCUGCAGUGAAGAGUCCAUCUUCAGUCCUAAAUCCUCCUUCCUCUUUGAAACGGAAAACCAUCCGAGAUUACUUUCUAGCAGCUUCAUGAAACUUGGUGGAAAAUUCAUUGGAGAUAGUAGUAGAUAUACUGUGAAGAAGGCUGUAUAAAAUACCAGUGUUUAGUCUUUUUUUGAAAGUCAGGUGCACAAGUUCCUUCAAAUUUUGCCUGGAGUAAGUUCUCUUUCCUUCUUUCUCUUGUUUUCUUUCACAUAAAAACUUGGUUAAACGACAAGCUUAAUGGUGUAGCUUUUGAUUUGCAGGUUUUGUAAUUGAAAAUGUAAAGCGGUGAUGCAAAAUUAUUUGUAGGUUACAACCAUUUAUAUCCCCCCCCCCAAUGACCCAUAGAUUUAGAUA